GGCGCAGCUCCAUCGGUGCUUUGUCACUGGUACCCGAACCUUAGGUGUUCAGCAUGUCAGAGACUGCUCCCGCCGCUCCUGCCGCCGCCCCUCCUGCGGAGAAGGCCCCGGUGAAGAAGAAGGCAACCAAGAAGCCUGCGGGGGCGCGCCGCAAGGCGUCCGGGCCCCCGGUGUCCGAGCUCAUCACCAAAGCUGUCGCCGCGUCCAAGGAACGCAGCGGCGUGUCUCUCGCUGCGCUCAAGAAGGCGUUGGCGGCUGCUGGCUACGACGUGGAGAAAAACAACAGUCGCAUCAAGUUGGGACUUAAGAGCCUGGUGAGCAAGGGUACCCUGGUGCAGACCAAGGGCACCGGCGCCUCGGGCUCUUUCAAGCUCAACAAGAAGGCGGCGAGCGGCGAAGCUAAGCCCAAAGCUAAGAAGACGGGCGCGGCCAAGCCUAAGAAGCCUGCGGGAGCGGCUAAGAAGCCCAAGAAGGCCACGGGAGCGGCCACCCCGAAGAAGAGCGCUAAGAAGACCCCGAAGAAGGCGAAGAAGCCGGCGGCAGCUGCUGUGACCAAGAAAGUGGCUAAGAGUCCAAAGAAAGCCAAGACUGCCAAGCCCAAGAAGGCCGCCAAGAGCGCACCUAAGGCUGUGAAGCCCAAGGCUGCCAAGCCUAAGGUUGCCAAGCCCAAGAAGGCUGCACCCAAGAAGAAGUAGGUCGAACGUCUGCUUCUACAACCCCAAAAGGCUCUUUUCAGAGCCACCACAGGUCUCAAAAAAAAGAGCUGAACAUUCUUUCCCUACUUGUUUUUUUGUUCCCUUUAAACUCUCCUAAAGUAAGCUUGCGCGGGAGUGGUUUGGAGUUGGAGACGGGUGAGGAGUUCGGAAGGGUGGUUGCUGUAAGGGUGUUUGGCCGGGACCCACCCUUCUGGCUUGUCCUUUGCCCUUCGGUGCUCUUGGUCAGCGUCCUGGUCAGCUGUUUGGAGACGUCCGCGGGCAGCUGGUGUAUUUCAGAUUACCAGCCCCGCCUCACGCCUUUCAACAGCAAAAACGACAAAUGACACUAGCCAGUUACUUGGUCUUCCGGAGUAUCCGGAUUGGGCUGAAAAGUUAUUCAAAAGUCCCGCCCUACUCUCGGGUUGGCCCUCCCCUUCAGCCCAUGAUUUUAAUACUGCAUUUAAUUGGAUAGUGGUCGGCCUGCUGUUUGUUCUGUUUGUUUUGCUUCUGUUGGGUUUAGUUUGCUCUUUUCGCCGAAUAUGAAAAUGUAUCUGGCAUUUGAGACACUUUCCGUGUUUUCGAAAGUCAAGAUAGGGUCUCCUGGGGGCGUUGGUAGCAUCUAUCCCUUGGAGGAGGAUGGGUGCAGGCGCCUUUGCCCCGCAUUCUUCUGUUAAUCUCCAGUUUGCCGUGGCAACAAGGGAACGCGUUUGAAAAACAACUACAGCGGCCGCAACGACCCUCCCACCCAGGGCAUGGCUGGACCAGGGAUGUUUCUGUUCCUCGUUUCGUGUAACUUUCGACAAAGGUGUGAUGGAUGGAUUUGGGAGCAUCAAAAAUAACUUUUUGUCGGCCAUUUUGUCCUGGCAGGCCGGUCACCGAUCCUCAUUUUAGAUAGACUUCAUUUAAAAAUCGAAGAUGCUUUAAACACAUUUUUGCGCAGUUCAAAUGUUUCUACGCGAAGGAGAAAAAAAAGUAUUGGGAAACUAUUGGAAAUGUGUAUGUGGGUGGGGGUGAUGUCUCCAAUAAAGGGCUGUAGUUUUCAUUAACAGUA